AUGAGGAUCCCCAAAGCCUUGGCGACACUCUUCGCCCUUGCCGCUGCGACCCCGACCCCCACUGUCGACAAUGUAGUUGAGAAGCAUCACCUUGUCAAGCGUGCAUCUAUCUCGGACAAAGCGACGCUGGGAUAUGCUACCUUGAACGGAGGAACCUCCGGAGGGUCAGGCGGAACCGUCACCACUGUCUCAACCCUUGCUCAGUUCACUGCCGCUGUCAACGAGAAGGAAACUGCGGCCAGAAUCGUGGUCGUUCAGGAAAUUAUCAAGGGAACUGCCAAUGUUCGUGUUGGAAGCAACAAGUCUGUGAUCGGACUUGCUGGAGGGGGUUUUGAAGGUAUUGGUCUACAUAUUCGCCGCCAAUCAAACGUGAUCAUUCGCAACAUCAAGUCUUCAAAAGUACUGGCUUCUACUGGUGACGGUGUUAGAAUUGAGGAGAGCACCAACAUUUGGAUUGAUCACAGCGAGUUCAGCUCUGCUCUUGUGGCUGAUAAGGACUACUAUGACGGCCAAGUGGAUGCCUCGCACGGAGCCGACUACAUUACCAUUUCUUACACGUACUUUCAUGACCACUGGAAGACUUCCUUGAUUGGUCACAGCGAGAACAACGGUGACGAGGAUAGUGGUCACCUUAGAAUCACUUACGCCAAUAACUAUUGGGCCAACUUUGGCUCUCGCGGUCCGUCCUUGCGAUUCGGCACCGGCCACAUCUACAACUCUUACUAUCUGAAUGGUAACUCUGCCAUCAAUACCAGACAGAAAGCUCAGGUCCUUAUCCAAAGCAACGUUUUCAAGAAUGUCACCGUCCCGAUUACCUCCCAGGACUCUGACAUCGUCGGCUACGCUGUAGCAAUUGACAACGAUCUGGGCGGUGCUUCCAACCUUGCUCCCGUUGGUAGCUUGAACGCCAACUCUCCUCCUUACUCUUACAUGCUCCUCGGUUCUUCCAAAAUCGUCGCAACUGUGCCUGGACAGGCUGGGCAGAAACUUAUUUUCUAA